UAGAUGUUAGGAGUAUUAGUGUACAUGUACACAUUUACUUUUCUAUCUCCAUCUUCUUCCUCUGUAUAUAUAUACUGUUCUAUACUACUUCAAUUGUAAGCUUUCAUUUUUACAGUCCAUGGAUUCCUUCUUGGCCAUUUGCAGUCAAUGGGUCUAGACUUCCCUAAGAACAUUAGUGUUAUUGCUGUAUGUCCGAAAGGAAUGGGCCUUUCAGUGAGGAGGUUGUAUGUGCAAGGAAAAGAAGUCAAUGGUGUUGUAAUUAAUUCAAGUUUUGAAGUCCAUCAGGAUAUUGAUGGCAGGGCACUGAUGUUGCCUUUGGCUCCCCAUUUACUUCUGCUACUACUUUUGCUGCUACUAGGAGCUGCCAAGGUACUUUUAGAAUGUGGUGCUCCUGGAAGUGAUGAUAUUUCAAAUGAGGCUGAUACUACAACUUCAGAGGAAACUGCUUCAAUUGUUAUGAUGGCUUUGAAGUCAUAUAGAGAUGCUUUGGAUACUAAUGAUGAGUCUAAAAUUGCAGAAUUAUAAGCUUUUCUCAGGUCUAUAGAGGGUGAGAAAGUCAAUCUUGAGAGAAAAUUGUUGAUAUUAACCGAAGAACUCUCAUAUGAGAAGGAUCGAGUUCUUAGAAUUAGUGUUGAUAUUGACAAUUUCCAGAAGAGAACUGAGAGGGAACGACUUUCUUUGGUUACAAAUGCGCAAGGGGAAGCUGAGAAUGAUUUGGAGAAGGUUGGAGCCGAGAAUGUCAAAAGAGCUUUGAGUUGCCCUUUGAAGUUGAUUGCAAAAGGUUAAUGGAAGUGUUGUUAGUGAGAAGGUGUUUUCAAGUGACAACUCAAAAUAUUAAUACAAUGCCACGAAAGGCAACUAUGAAGACUUGAUGGUUAUUGGAAUUAUUGAUCCAACCAAGGUGGUCAGAUGUUGUGAAGGGCAUGUUGCAUCUGUGGCCAAGACAUUUUUUAUAUCAGAUUUCUGCUAUGAAGGUCUUCACAACAUCCUGCCAUCCAGUGUAUGUUUUCUGGAGAAAAACAAUUAUAUCAACUAGCUGCAGUGGUGUUCUACUUAUUGUCUGGUUAGUGCAGUGACGUGUUGGGUCUUAGCCUUAUACUUCCUUGUUUUUUUUUUUCUCCAUUUUAGUUCGGUAAAUGUCAAGUCAAUUUUUGUUCAACCUGAAAAAGUCUUUCUCACUUUCACUCUAAGCUGGGCAUACAAAACUUGCAUGCUCCAGCUUACGGGGGGUGUUGGAGGAUAGGUGUUAGGGGUAUUAGUGUACAUUUACACAUUUACUUUUCUAUCUCCAUCUUCUUCCUCUGUAUAUAUACACUGUUCUGUACUUCUUCAGUUGUAAGCUUUCAUUUUUACAUUCACCAAUACAACACAUUACUUUCUCCCUAAAACUGUGUCUUCACAUCCCAACAUGAAUAAUAAUC